ACCACUCUAAUGUCAACCACUGAUGCAUCAACUACAACUCUGUCUGACACAACUACAACUACUGAUGCACCGCUAAUGUCAACCACUGAUGCUUUAUCCACAACUCUGUCUGACACCACUACACAACAACAACUCUUUUUGGCUUUCACAACCACCUUUCCAACAUCCUCAACAAUUGAACCAACAACAACAACAUCUGAUCCAGCAACCACAACU